AUGGUCGGCCUUCAAGACCCCAACCGCAUGGGGUCGAUGCGGCUGACCGCGGAGCAGAUCGCACGCGGCGUGAACGACAUCUCCAAGGCCAACCUUGGGGAGGACUGGCGGUUCGGCAAGGCGCCGUGCAGCGAGUCGAACCCGACGCCGCAGGUGAGUAUCUGGUCGUCUUACUUUGCUGUUGCCCACCUUCUCGUCCAUCCUGACGCGACGCGAGAGGUGCUUCUGAACGCGAUUCGGCAUCCUUACGCCCGGGCUCCAUCGCAGGUGGCGCCAGAGGAGCCCGCGGCCCACGGCGGGGAGGAGGAGGCCGGGGCCGACGCCGGCGCUGGGCGUCGCGCGGUGGCGUUGGGCGGGGGAGGCGGCGACGCGGGCGGAGCCGGGUCUUCGCAUGGGGCGGUGCCGAGCCGCCCGCAUGGGAAAGACAACGUCGCGCCGCGACCCCGGGCCCCGAAGCGCACGGCGGACCCGGCCGGGGCCGGGAGGCCGGCCAAGAGGAAGCGCGGCGCCUGGCACGGGAGGCCAACCCCGGUCCUGGUCUUGUCGGACCUUCAUCUUCCAAUCGCGCUGGCGAGGGCGGCGGCGUCCGCCGCGGCCGCCAAAGGGACCGCGUUCCGCAGGAGACGGUCCGACCUCGCUGACCAGGCCGAGGUGGAGGGACGGGCCGACUCGGACCUCGGCCUGGACCCGAACGACGCCGAAGGCUUGGCCUGGCGGGACAGGAACAGGGCCGAGGCGGAGCUGGAGGCGGCGUCGGUCCGGGCUUGGAUCGACGCGGCGGCGGCAUGGGCGCGAGCCGGCGCGGAGCCGGCCUGGCGCGAGAUGCCGGAGGGCACGGUGGUGGCGGCGACGGUCUUUGAGCCGUCGUCGGUGAGGGAGCGCGGCCGUGAAGGCCGGGCUGAGGUGGUGAUCCUCGAUCAGGAGGUCGUGGAGGUGGAGGAUGAUACCCCGCCGCGGGUCGACGUAGUCGAUCGAGCGGGGGCUGAUGGCGGUGGAGGCGGCGCCGUCUUGGAAGAGGCGCUGCAGGCGGCGGUGCCGGGGGCGCCGUCGGUGUUGGAGGAGGCACCGCGGGCGGCGGUGCCGGAGGCCACCUCGGCAGCUGGGCCGGUGGUGGCGCAGCAGGCCGUCCGGGCGUCCGGGUCGUUGACGGCGCCGGGAGGGGCGUCGGAGGAGGUGCUGGCCGCGUCGGGAGCGGCCAGCGGGGAGCACGCCUUGCCGGCGCGGAGCGGGGGUGCCGUGGUCUUCGGGCCUCAGACCCAAGAGGAGGCGGCGCUGGACGCCGUCAGCCGCCGCCUGCGUGGCCGGACGGACCGGCUCGAGGCCUUCGCCCAGGCCAAGGUGGAGCGGACGCGCGACCUGGAGCGCGCCAUUCUGGAUGAAAGUCCUUCGAUAGAUAAACCUCCCAGACAAGCUAUUUACUGA